AUGAAGGGGGUGACAGUAAAGAGAUUGGUUGCUUAUGGGGAAUUCGAAUUCGAGAAGACUAUGAAGGCGUUGAAUUACCCCAGUGAGAUCUGGUUUGACAUAAAUCCGUUUACGAGUCACGAGUCUUUGAGCAAAUGCUACAUUCAAAACUUGGAUUAUUUGAUUUUGGCUGAUGAAUUUCUGGUCACACUCGACGAUCUGUUGCUAAUGAAUUGCAAAAAUAUUUUUGUGCAGCAUUCAAGACUUCGUGAGAAGCAUCUGAAUAUCUAUCUCAAAUCAUGGCUCCGCGGACAGAAAGAGGAGUUGGAACAUAUCUGUUUAUUGGCGAGUCGAAUCAACUGGGAAGAAGAAGUAGUUCCAUUUACCAAGGAGAUUGUGCUAAAGGGAUUGGAGUAUACUACUGUACCGGCUGAUGUGAAAAGACUGUUCUAUUGUUCGGUUUCCGAUACAGAUGAAAAACGGGUGGAAACUAUAAAAGGAGGAUAUGAUAUCAAGAGAAAAGAUGGGAGACUGGUGACAAUUGUUCUGCCAGACGACUGGCCGUGGUUCGAAAUGUAUGUAUGGCCCAAUGACCAAUAA